AUGACAGCCACUACAACUCGAUCACAGUCUUCAACUGCGCAGACUCCAUCUCUAGAUCAAGCUCCCGCUCAGGAUGAGAGGAUAAAUCCAAAUGAUACAGGUUCCAGGCGAACAGGACGUCGAGGCAGGGGAGGAAACAGUGGGAGCGGCGGAAAUGUGAAUACAUCUCGCAAUCGGACAUUGUUUUACGGAAGCGGGAGACGGGGUGGUGACCCGGGUCGCGGGGGACCGGGAGCAGGAGCAGGCGCAAUAUCCAGGAGAGGAAGAGGGAGACUGCGAAGUGACGCGUCCAACACAACGAGGACCGUUGCCGGAAUGGGAAGAUUAUUCGGCGGACAGUUGACACGGGAAGAACCACAGACAGCCGACGAUGGUGGAAGCGAUAGAUCGUUCGUGCAAGGGGAGCAGGCUACACUACGACCUAAUGCCCCAGAAUUUAUACCUGGAGUUCACGUAGCUACAACUACACCUACACCUACAACGACAUCGACUCAUACCCCUACGCGGAACCGGGAAAGGACGAGACAACCAAGGCCUCCAAAAGCGAAAUCUACAGCGAGCGACAUUGCCACUCGCACACAUGAGGAUAUCACCAACGGUGUCUACGAAUGCCCCAUAUGCACAAGCGAACUUGGUCGGAAGACGAAAGCCAGGAUGGCCAUGACCACCCGCGACAAUGGCGCUGUCCGGGAUGCAACUUACCCCACGACAUUUUGCCAUCGACGUAUAGCUGUUGGUGUGAGAAGGAGACGGAUCCGCGACCCUUGCCUGGAUUGCCGCCCCAUUCCUGUGGGCAGACGUGCUCCAAGGCCAGGAAAGGGUGCCCCCAUCCCUGCGAUUCUGUAUGUCAUGCAGGCCCUUGUCCGCCCUGCACGGCCAUGGGCCCAACGCAGUUUUGUUUUUGUGGACGCCAUGAGUCGACAAAGAGAUGUGCUGACACCAACUACGAGAAUGGGUGGAGUUGCCGGGAGCCAUGCGGCGAGCUAUUGCCCUGUCUUGAGCAUAAAUGUGCUCGUCCUUGUCAUGAAGGCCUUUGCGGCGCCUGUGAGGAGAUUAUUGAGGCAACAUGUUACUGUGGAAAGUCUCAGACGAAAAUGA